AGAUAUAGAUGAAUGUGCAACUACGCCUUGUCAAAACGGAGCAACUUGUACUGAGGGAAUUGGCACAUACACGUGUAGCUGUGCAACUGGCUAUUCUGGUAGUGACUGUGAAACAAAUAUAGAUGAUUGUGCAGCUUCACCUUGUCUUAAUGGAGGGACUUGUGUAGAUGGAAUAAAUAGUCAUACAUGCAACUGUGUACCUGGUUAUACUGAUAGUGACUGUGGAACUGACAUAGAUGAGUGUGCAACAGCUCCUUGUCAGAAUGGAGGGACGUGUACAGAUGGAAUCGAUACUUAUACAUGCAACUGUGUAGCUGGCUAUACUGCUGGCGACUGUGGAACCGAUAUAGAUGAAUGUGCAACCACGCCCUGUCAAAACGGAGCCACUUGUACACAUGGAAUUGACACUUACACGUGUAGCUGUGUUAUUGGAUAUACUGGGAGUGAUUGUCAAACUAAUAUAGAUGAUUGUGCAGCUUCACCUUGUCUUAAUGGAGGGACUUGUGUAGAUGGAAUCAAUAGUCAUACAUGCAACUGUGUACCUGGUUAUACUGAUAGUGACUGCGGAACUGAUAUAGAUGAAUGCGCCACAGCUCCUUGUCAGAAUGGAGGGACGUGUACAGAGGGAUUGAACACAUAUACGUGUAGUUGUGCUGUUGGAUUUACUGAUGGUAACUGUGAAACUGACAUAGAUGAAUGUGCCUCAUCUCCUUGUGCAAAUGGAGGAGCGUGUAUAGAUGAAAUUAACGCUUAUAGCUGUGAUUGUGCUGCUGGAUUUACUGGUAGUGACUGUGAGACUGACAUAGAUGAGUGUGCAGGUAUUCUCUGUCAAAAUGGAGGUACGUGCAUAGAUGGAAUCAACACUUACACAUGCAGCUGUGCUCCUGGAUAUACAGAUGUUGUCUGCUCUACAGACAUUGACGAAUGUGCAUCUUCUCCUUGUCAAAAUGGAGGGACUUGUGCUGAUGGAAUAAAUACAUACUCGUGCAGCUGUGUUGUUGGAUAUAGUGGUAGUGACUGUGAAAUUGACACAGUUGAUGAAUGUGCAUCCAAUCCCUGCCAAAACGGAGGGGACUGCGCUCAAGGUGCGAUGAAUACGUAUACGUGUAGCUGUGUUGCCGGAUAUACUGAUAGCAACUGUGCUACAGAUAUAGAUGAAUGUGAUUCCAAUCCUUGUCAAAAUGGAGGGACAUGUACAGAUGAAAUAAAUUCUUACAAAUGUAGCUGUAUAAGUGGAUAUACUGGAGCUGACUGUAGUAUAGGUGAAACUGCAGCGUCACCAUUGUUGAAUUCACCUGAAGGAAUAGCUGUAGUGACCUCAGCUGCUGUUGGACUAACCGCAGCGACUGCUUUGGGAGUAGUAGUAGUUAUUCUCAAGGUUUCUAUGAAAGGAAUGAGCGCUGUCAGUAAACUAAAACCAUCGAUGGGUGGAGGAGACGGAUUUGAUGAGAGCCAGAGAAACUCAUCUCGAGAGAAAUUACAUAGAAGAACGUCGGAUGAUGAUAUCGAUGAUGCCUCGGACAUAGAAGAUCAAAUGUCUAUCAUAGACGAAGAGCCCAACGAGAAUGAAGAUAUCAGCCUGCCAGGAACGCCUGAUCCAUCACCGACAUUUGAACAAAACGAAAAUAGCAAACCAUUAUCCCCUUCCGACAUAAGAUCAGAAAUCGACUUUGGCCCACGAAAGAAUGGCCCAUUGGUAGCGAAGCAAUACUACACACAGUUCUACAAUAAACUGCAUUCUUCUCAAGUGUAACAUAAUCUACAGUGGCGUAGCGUGUAUAUUUUGUGAGUGAUCGAAACGAACUAGCUUUGAGGGAGUUAAGUGGUGGGUUCUCCCUCAAGAAAAUCUGAGAAUGAGAUUGCAUUUGAAGCGUUCUGUGGCGUUUUGAAAUACGGGAUUCCGACUUUUAUAGACUUGUGACUUUAAGUGUGUGGCAAUUCAAUAUAAAAAUCGACUGUUUUCUAAAUUUUGAGAGCAAGUUACGCCAUGGUGUGACGCUACGCCAUUGAUCUACCUCUACAAUACAUAACCUAGAUAAAGACAUUUAUGAAUGCUUUUGUAAUUUAUUUAUACUAUUACAAUGUUAUCAUCCUUGAAUGGUAGUU